CUGAAGUUGCCUCUGAAUGUCACAUACCAACAAUGUGAUGGGGUACACAUAUUGCCAAAUAAGUGUAGACUCUGACACACGAGCAUUGUGACUAGAAGGAAAAACAGAACGUUCUCUACGGGAGCUGUAAGGGGCAAUAUGGAGAGGAAGAAAGCCACGGGAGAAUACCACCGCAUCCCUGUAUCCAAAAUGUAGACUACAUGUUAUGGGACGGGCGGCACGUUUAUUUCGCUAAUUUGGAAAGUUACAAAAUAUACAAUGAUUAUAAAUGGGUCUUAUCUGAACAGGUCGUCGCUGGACCCGUAUGAGGAAGUGUUGAAUCGCCCUCCGUGGGUUACUACAACUUUGGGGUGCUUCCUGAUAUUCACUAUCGUGGUUGAUAUUUUGGGCAACCUUUUGGUGAUAUUCUCUGUCUACCGGAAUAAGAAGCUAAGGAAUGCAGGCAACAUCUUUGUGGUGAGCCUGGCCGUGGCCGACCUGGUGGUGGCCAUCUACCCCUACCCUCUGGUCCUGACCUCCAUCUUCCACAAAGGCUGGAACCUGGGCUAUGUCCAUUGCCAGAUCAGCGGUUUUCUCAUGGGCGUCAGCGUCAUCGGCUCCAUCUUCAACAUCACCGGCAUUGCCAUCAACCGCUACUGUUAUAUAUGUCACAGCCUUAAGUACGACAAGCUGUACAGCGACAAGAACUCAGUGUGUUACGUCCUUCUCAUCUGGGCGUUGACCAUUGUGGCCAUCGUGCCGAAUCUCUUUGUGGGUUCGUUGCAGUAUGACCCCAGGGUGUAUUCGUGUACGUUCGAGCAAUCGGCGAGUUCGGCGUACACCAUCGCUGUGGUCUUCUUCCACUUCAUCCUACCGAUCAUGAUCGUCACCUACUGCUACCUGAGGAUCUGGAUCCUGGUCAUUCAGGUUAGGCGACGGGUGAAACCGGACAACAAACCGAAACUGACGCCAAAUGACGUGAGGAAUUUCGUGACUAUGUUUGUGGUGUUUGUGCUGUUCGCCGUGUGCUGGGCGCCACUUAACUUCAUCGGGCUGGCAGUGGCCAUCAACCCCGAGGUGGUGGUGCCUCUCAUCCCCGAGUGGCUCUUCGUGGCGAGCUACUUCAUGGCCUACUUCAACAGCUGCCUUAAUGCCAUCGUGUACGGGGUGCUCAACCAGAACUUCCGGCGCGAGUACAAGCGCAUCGUGGUGUCAGUGUGCACGGCGCAAAUCUUCUUCCACGGCAGCUCCAACGACGUGGCCGAGCGGCUCAAGAGCAAGCCGUCGCCGCUCAUCACCAACAACAACCAGGUCAAGGUGGAGUCGGUGUGAGAGGACCAGCUGGUCCCAGUGCGCUCCCUACACCUCCCCCAUGGCGCAAACCCUUCGAUGUCUAUACAUCUGUAAGGUGGAAGGAAGCAAUAUGGCGGAAGCUCAAGCUUCACCAUUUCGCUCCUUGUACCUAUCCAGUACACUGCAGAUCUACAAACAUCGGAGGGGUUAAGGAGCCCAGGGGAAGGGGUAGGGAGCGAUUUGGGACCGGGUGAUACUAACACACACACAAAGGGGGAGGGGGAAGUAAGGGAACUAAUGUGACAUAAAAGAGUAACAUUUGUUUAAAAAAUACAAGUGAACAGAGAACAAUUACCAAAUACAAAAACAAAACAGCUUCCACUUUCUGAACUGUCCGUGAUCUGUGCUAUCUUCACCUCUAUAAAAUCAAAGCAAAAUGAAAAAAAUGUAUCUUUGUCUUUUGCAAAAAGCACAUUUGUUAGUUUUUUUGGUACCUAAAAAAGUUAUAAUGUACUUUUGUUUUCAUGUUUACAGUGAUACUAACAGUAACUCUAUGUAAGACAUUAUAUGUUUUUAUUUGAUAUGAAGUACAGUGAGGGAAAAAAGUAUUUGGUCCCCUGCUGAUUUUGUACGUUUGCC